AUGCUAAGGCCAAAUUCCACAGCUGUAAGUGAUUUCACCUUCGAGGGGUUCUCUAGCUUCAGGUGGCAGCACCGGCUCAUUCUCUUUGUAGUUUUUCUGAGUCUGUACUUUUUGACAUUGACUGGCAAUGGCAUCAUUGUGACCAUCAUCCGCCUUGAUCGUCAUCUCCACAUACCCAUGUAUUUCUUCUUGAGUGCACUGUCUAUCUCUGAGACAUGCUAUACAUUGGCCAUCAUUCCUCGCAUGCUGGCUGGCCUUCUAAGUCCGCACCAGCCCAUUACCAUCCCAGAAUGUGCCACUCAGCUCUUCUUCUAUCUUACCUUCGGCAUCAAUAAUUGUUUCUUGCUUACAGCCAUGGGCUACGAUCGUUAUGUGGCCAUCUGCAAUCCUUUACGGUAUUCAGUCAUCAUGGGGAAGAGUGCUUGUAUUCAACUGGUAGGUGGAUCAUGGGGGAUUGGCCUUGGAAUGGCCAUAAUUCAAGUGACAUCUGUGUUUGGCCUCCCAUUCUGUGGUGCGAGUGUCAUCUCCCACUUUUUCUGUGAUGUCCGGCCUCUCCUAAAACUCGCCUGUGUUGAUACCGCUGUCAAUGAGAUCAUUAAUUUUAUUGUCAGUGUGUGUGUCCUUGUAUUGCCUAUGGGAUUAGUCUUCAUUUCCUAUGUCCUCAUUAUCUCCACUAUUCUCAAGAUUGCUUCAGCUGAAGGCAGGAAAAAGGCCUUUGCCACCUGUGCCUCUCACCUCACUGUAGUCAUCAUCCACUAUGGCUGUGCUUCCAUUAUUUACCUCAAACCCAAAUCCCACAGCUCUCUUGAGCAAGACAGACUUAUUUCAGUGACCUAUACUGUCAUUACUCCCUUGCUGAACCCUGUUGUAUACAGUCUGAGGAACAAAGAAGUCAAGGAUGCUCUGCGCCGAGCUCUAGGCAAGAAAUCCCUGUCCCCUUAA